UGGGUUGAAUGUAUUAACAAAUGGCGGGAGAUGUCAUUACUGACCCGCUUUACUGGUCAAACAGACGAAAGUUGAGAGAAAUAAUAAAAAACUACAGCAAUCCUAACCAAGAACCAACCUUAUAUGUCAAUGAGAAAGUGUCAGAACCCCACCACACUAUUAGUAGGGAGAAAAUUUUGCAGCGAGAAAAAGACCAUAGAGAAUCUAACUUUAAAUGGGCUGAAUUCUUACAAAAGUACGAACCUAGAUUGAAAGACAGUUUCUCACGAAUUCGCCAGAAAAGACGAUUCAUUGAUCUAGUUUACCAUGGGAUUCCAGAACCUUUUCGAAUCAAAUUUUGGGUCUGUUUGCUUGGAAUCAACGAUCUCACUAGUAAAGACGCUUCUGACUAUGAAAAUAUAAAAGAGGGAAGCAAACGUUAUGCUAGACUUGAAGAUGUUUUUCAAAUUGAUAAGGAUGUCCAAAGAACUUUCCGAGAUCGCGCGGAAUUCAAAAAAGAUUUUUCACAGAGACAAUGUAUGCUUUUCAAUGUUCUUAUGGCUUACUCUUUCUACAAUGAAACGUUAGGCUACUGCCAGGGAAUGCAUCAAUGUGCUGGACUACUGCUGCUUUACGUACCGGACGAAAAAAGUGCCUUUUGGGGUCUUCAUCGACUUAUGACCAACCCGCGAUAUGCUCUACAUGGAAUGUUUCUUGACUGCUUCCCGAAGUACAUCAGACUGCGAGACGAUUUCGAACGGAUUCUUCGAAAGAAAAACAAAAGUCUCUACAACCACCUCAUGGAGUGCCAAACGGUGACUGACACAUACCUGAUGUUGUGGUACUUCACAGUGUUCCAGGCAGACUUCCCCCUCUCUUUGUCCCUUCGAAUAUGGGACAUCUUCCUCCUAGAGGGAGACAUCAUAUUCCUACCCAUGGCCUACACUCUCAUCACGUAUAAGGAAAAAGAGCUGAAAAAAGAGGAGUGCCCUAAAUUGUAUAUAACCAACUUCAAACACACGUUGCAAUAUGAGGAAACGAGCAUCAUAGAAGUGUUCAAACGGAACUUCAGAUCAAUGCUGCACUCCUCCAAACAUCCUCUGAAUGCAGAAUCACCGGAAGGCGAAGUGCCUAAAGAGUUCGGAACUCAAUUGAACAGACAAGAUCUGAAAUCGAACGGAUUUGACGACGAAGAAGUCGCGAUAACCGAAGAGACUAAGAAAAAAGAGAACGAAGAACUCAUCAUGAGAGCCUCAAUGGCCACAGGUUUCGAAAGAAAUGCAAAUCAAAGACUUAGUUUUGUGCCAUACUCGCCGGAAUCGACACCGCCUGUGAGACCAGGUGUCCAAGUUUCUCCAACUGCCAGGAAUCGAAUCCCGUUAACGGAGCUGAGAAAUGAGGAAAAGUCUAGUUUCGGAAGUGAUUCGGCAAUUCCAAAUAGUCCUAAUAUCGGUGAAAACAAUGUUUUCAGUGGUAGGAUUGGCACCAGUCCUGUGCCAGCAAGUGACUGUACGGAUAGUAAAACUGUUACCGAUGCACCUGCUGAAAAAGAAGUUGUUAUAAAGGAAACAGAAUUUAAUGUAACAAUAAGCGAGUUUGCUAAUCGAGAACAGAAAACAACUGAAAGUCCUGAUCAAGAACAGAAAACGAUACUUGAUAGCACAAGUCAUUCAGAAACGUCUAAAUUGCAUACUGAUUCAGCUACGAAACCGAAGCGAGUUGCAUCAGACCGAAGAAGUUCAGGCGCAGGGGACGCCGCUUCUGAGAGACGAAUCAAGUCGGGUAGAUUGUUCAGUCAGAAUUCACCUUCGGCGACCCGAGGCGCAAUUGCACAACUUCCUUCGCUUUUGAACAAAGACAGACGAUCGCCUAGCGCUUCCUUAAAACAAGGCUCCAGAAACAGCUCUCAGAACUCAAAAUAUUCGGAGCGAGGGCGUGACGAAUUAGACGGUGGACUGACCAGCAAUGAUGAAUCCUUAGGAGGAGGAAGUCUCACGUUCGACUCCAGUACACGACAUUCACCUCUCAGUCCUUCCUCCCUCCACCCCGAAUCACCCAUCAGUCCCUCGAGCAUAGAGGGCGGAACACUGCCUCCAUCGGGAAGAAACCAGUACAAUCACAUGUCCAAACGCAACGCAAGCAGUACUGGAUACCUCUCAAAUAACUCGGGUGUGGGUGUGGCAACUAACUCCAAUUCACCGAACAGUUCGGCUGAGCUGGUCGCUGGUGAAGCCUCCCAACAGUAUAUCUCACCUCCCAGAAGGGGUUUUCUCUAUGGCACCAAGAACUCAGCAAGGUCGGCAAGAGGGCCGAACCGGAGUUCUCUAUCUCCCAUAGCGUUACCAGAUACGACUUCACUUAGCAACAGGUACAGCAUCAGGAACCCUAAUUUUUACGCCGAGGGAUAUUAUAACUCUAGCAUGACGGGAUCUGUAGGUUCCUCGGGUAGAUAUUCAACUCGCCGCGAUCCACGGAAUACGAACUUUCAGUCCCCAAUGAAUAAUAUCGGACGGUCUUUUUUGUACACUCAAGGCGUGGCGGAGAAACUGGACGUACCCCGGAAUCGAACCAUGUCGAAUCGUAACAGUUGGGGUUCGGAUAUAAAUUACAAACCGGCUACGACUCAGAGCGAAAGAGGAAGAGCACGAGUAAGUAUGAAUCGUAAGAGUCAAGAUUUGCCACCAAAUAUCAGUCGGUUCUCGGAAGCACAGCAUGACAGAUAUCUAAACGUGUUUCAAGGAGGGCAGAAAUUAGAAACAGAGUUUUCAGUUAACAACAACGGAAAUACUCGUAAAAUCAGCUCACCUUCUAGACUAUCAGCCGCAUUUAGGACUUCUUUCAUCGAAAAGAGAUCCUCUGCGAAUGCCGAAAGCACAAACGGCAAAAUAGCAGAAAAUGGGUCUGGAGAUCAGAAAAGCAAAAAAAGCUGGAAAAAGCAAAGUUCAAAGUCGGAAAAGUCAUCAGUUGAUAAAAGCAAACCGCACCAAAAAAGUGCGGACGAGGAGGUCUCAGCUCCUAUGUUAGGCAAGACAAAAAGAGUGACAACCCAAAUGUGAUUAACUGUUUUUUUUUGUGGUGAUUGAAUGAUUUCUGUGGGUUUUGAGGAGUAAUUGUUUAAAAUACGAGUAGUGUUAGUUAUAAUUUGAAACAUGAUUUUAGCGAAACAUAAA